UAGAGAGAUCAGCUGCUGCUCGUACGCGUACUGCAACAAGUGGAUUUUUUUAUUUCGUGUAAAAUCGUUUAAAGAUCGCGUUAUGGAUAUAAAUUAAAUGUAUUUACACACAAGCAGCGGUAAGAUCGUGUCAAUAUUUCAUGAAGUGAGCGGAAGGAAGCAGUUAAAUUGGAGUUUGUUAUCUGAUUGCUGUGUUUGGGGGGAUUUACCGUUAAACUUGCGCAGUUUUGUAAUGUGCACGCGACCCGUUGCGUUGUUGUAAGUGCACGCGCCUGUGCACGAGCGUUUUUGUUACAGGUGUAAAGACAAUGUUGCCUUUGGGUGAAUUAAUGAUGUCUGAUUCUGGAUCAGAUGACGAUAUAACUGGACUCAAACCUGAGGAGAAAGGCUCAACAGAAUCCGUCCGGAAGGGAUGUGACCCUCUUGUUUCAACCCAGCGCAGCAAACUGCAACAGCGGAGAGCUAAACUCAACCAACAGAUCAACCGUGAGCUUCUUCUACGCACCGGAGCAGAAAAUCUCUACAGGGCCAGCAGUAAUCAGAAGGUGAAGGAGACGGUAGCAUUAGAGUUAAGCUUUGUCAACUCAAACCUUCAGCUUCUCAAAGAAGAACUCGAAGAACUGAACAGCAGCAUGAAUGUUUACCAGACCGAGAGCGAGACGCUAAAUGUUCCCAUGAUUCCACUGGGGUUGAAAGAGACUAAAGAGAUUGACAUGACUGUUCCUCUUCAGGAUUUUAUCAGUGAACAUUUUGGUGAAGAUGCCUCUUUAUAUCUGAAUGAGAUCCAUGAGUUUACGACUCUGAGACAGGCCAUGCGAACUCCCAGUCGGGAUGAAUCGGGUCAGGAACUGCUGAUGGAAUAUUACAAUCAGCUUUAUUUCCUGGAUCAGCGUUUCUACUCGCCGCACAGAACUCUGGGAAUUCAUUUCCACUGGUAUGAUUCGCUGACCGGCGUGCCGUCAGUACAGAGAGCGCUGGCAUUUGAGAAAGCGAGCGUCUUAUUCAACAUCGGAGCUCUUUAUACUCAGAUUGGAGCCAGACAAGAUCGUUCCACACUGACUGGCAUCCAGGACGCUAUUGAUGCUUUCCAGAGGGCUGCAGGUGCAUUUCUUUACCUGCAGGAGAAUUUCUCUCAUGCACCCAGUCUGGAUAUGAGCAGCUCUGCUCUCAGCAUGCUGGUCCGGCUUAUGGUAGCUCAGGUUCAGGAGUGUGUGUGUGAAAAAGUCAUACUGAACAUGCACGAAGAAAAACUUAAUGAGCUUCUGCAAGCAGCCCAGGAGGCAGCAAGGGUAUCAGACGUGUAUUCUCUGGUUCUUCAGGCGAUGUCAGUACCGUUACUAAAAGACUAUGUUCCUUUCUCCUGGAUCUCAAUGGUUCAGGUCAAAACUCAUCAUUUCCGAGCUUUGGCCCAUUACUACACUGCUGUGGCACUGUGUGACUGCUCAGGUUUGAUAGGUGAAGAUGAUGACACUCGAGAGAUUAAAGCUCUUGUACAGAUUCACACCAGACCCCCAGACAGACUGAAUUUUCAGGAUCCAGAGCACAAACAAAGACUCGGUAAAGCUCAUCUGCGUAAAGCCAUCAUAAGACACGAGGAAGCCCUGCGUCUUCACGGCGUGUGUAAAAUGCUGCGUAAGAUGGACAUCCUACAGGAAGUCCUGUCGCAGGCUCACUCACGAUCCCUGGAAAAAUACUCGGAUAUUGAUCAGGAAGAUGAUUUUUGUGAGGUCGCUGAAGCUCCGGAGAUUCAAUCUCACACACAGCAGAAGCCUGAUAUUAAAACUCCAGAUUUCAGUGCUGUCAGAGUGACUGAUAUUUUCCAUCGACUGGGUCCGCUACAUGUGUUUUCUGCUCGAAACCGAUGGGUGAGGCGUCACGCGUUCUUGGUUCGAGGAGAGGCGGGACUUGGUCUCACACUUCGAGGUGAUUCGCCGGUUCUGGUUGCCGGGGUGUUGCCAGGGGGAUGUGCUGCGGAGGCGGGGCUCUGUGAGGGCGAUUAUAUCAUAGCUGUGAAUGGUUCAGACUGCAGGUGGGCGGAGCAUGCCGAGGUCGUUCACAUGCUGAAGAGCUGCACGGAGAAAGGACUAGAACUCGAUGUCAUCGGUCUACAAACGCAAGAGAUUGACAGAAGGACGAUUCUUUCCCCCACCGGUGAUAAAGAGAGUCAGUCGGGCGGUCCGAGGAAACAGGGCCGGGAUUAUGAGCGUUCCUUAUGGAGCUGGAGGAGCGGAGCGGUCACCAGGAGACUCGGAAGCACUUUCAGUCUUUCUUUCGGAAACUUUCGCGAGAGUGAAUCCAUUUACUGAGAAGUUAAGCACUUUUUAGCUUCUGGAAACAUUGAAUACACUAAUCAAUCAAUAUAGCGGAGCACAGAUACGGUUACGUUUUAGGAGCUGAACACACAUCGAUUGAGUUAGAAGAAAGUUAACACAACACUACUAGUUAGUGUAGCAGGACAGAGUACACGUGAAGAGGUUAUGUGUCUAGCAAAAUGAUGUUCGGACAUUUGAAUUAAAAAACAAUCUGUAAGUGUCAUCUGCACUUACCAUGCUGGAGCUUUUCUCAAAACUAUAACUUCACUUUGAGAUGUGCUGGCAAUGACUUUUAAGCAUCUUAAAUAAAUGUCUUUUUUAUAUCCAACAUAAUGACAUUUUCCACAACAGGAUUUUUAGUAGAUGUCCCAUUACUUUGUGUGGCAUUGUAAAAAUGUCAUAGAUCUUUUUAUGAUCUUGCACAAGAAACAUUUAAAAAAAUAUUUUUUCUCCAUGUUACAAUGUGGUUGUCUCCAUGUAUGUUGUGUUAUGCGUGUCUUGUGUGAGACAUACUGUAGAAAAAUGUCUAGCAACAAUAAGAAAAUGUGUAUUCUUGUACUCAAAAAUUUAGUUUAUGUUGGUAAGAGCAAGAAUGGCAUUUGUAUUAAGAAUGUAUUUUUGCACAAAAAAUUAUAGUGUUUUUUUGUUUCUUGUGUGUUUGUGUGUGUGUUAUACUGUAUGUGCCUGUUUUGUUUUGUGUGUGUGAUUUUGUUUUAUAAUUGUCAAGAUGUGAUUUGCAUUCCCAUCACAGCUGCACUCUGCCUUGAUGAAUUAAAACAGUAUUUUCUGCACA